AUGCUCCUUGCAAUCGACUGCAAAAUUUUCAUUCUGAUCAGCCUUUUGGCCCGCGUGGCCGCGCCACUCCCCUUGAAAGGUUUUGUGAGUACGUCGGGGGGCAAUCGUUACGACGUUGGGCGCUCAAUGCGCCUCUCUACUCCUGGCUCCAACAGCUCUGCUGUGGCAAAUUGGCAGAUGCAGAAGCUUCGCAGUCUCAUUUAGUCUCCGCAAGACCUUCGUUGCCCAUAUCGUCAGAGUCGACAGUCGCCACGAGACCCGACAUGCAACAAUAUGCCGCACACGAUCAUGCCAUGUACCGGCACCCAGAAGUGUAUCCAGCCACCAACGUUGAGCACUUUGCGGGCGUAGUCCGUGCCGUCGUGCAGCCCGGCGACAAGUGGGCUUACUGGGUCAAGCCAGGAACCAUGUGGCACUUGGACUCCAAGGGCCGCUUGACUCAGACAUCUGGUGACGGCCAAGGCCGCGAAUUCGAAACCGCCUUGCAAGCUCACAUCUUUGAUGCUACAAGUCAUGGUAGAGUCGUCGGCAAAGUCACUGUCCCAAAAGGCUUUCAAAAAGGAGCGUACGAUGUACGCCGCAACCCGGUGCACGUCGAUGGACCAGCAGCUCGGCCGUCUGACUUUCAAUCCCGUCUCACGCUGGAUUUGAUGAGGCAGCUCGACCCAGCUGAGAGCGCGUCCGCUCGUGUGCAAGCAGACCCACCUGAUGCUGUACUCUGA